CGACGAAAGCUUAAACGAUACCAAACCAUACGGACAGGAUGGACAGUGGAGAUCGAUACGAAAGGCGUGCUCCAGAACGACAGCGCUCGCGUUCUCCGCACGAGAAGAGCAGUAAACGUAGAAAAAGUCCUGAGGACGAAUCGAGACAUCGGGCGAGGUCGCAUCAGCAUUCAUCCCGGAGGGAUCGUUCGCCGUCGCGUCAUCGGUCAUCCCGACGCGACCGUUCGCGGUCCAGGCAUAGAUCGAAACGCGACGACAGAGAUAGGGAUAGGUCGUCCUCGCGACACAGAUCACGACGAGAUCGCGACCGUUCAUCUUCACACCAUCGAUCGUCACGCAGAGACUGCUCGGCAGACCGCGAAAGACAGAGAAGUCGUCGAGAGAGGUCAUCGAGUCGGUCUCGGGUGCCAAAACCAUCUCGGGAUGAGCGUGUGAACGAAGAUAACGAGGGUGACGCAUGGGUGGAGAAGAGCGCCGAAUCACGACCAAAGCCCAUCACAUCGAAACCACAGCCAACGGAAGCAGACGAUCCCUCCGAUGACGAAAUCGGCCCCCUCCCCCCCUCCGGCGGCCUCCCCACCAACUCUCCAGCUGACCCCCCAGCUCCCACCCACCUCUCCAAACUCGAAGCAGCAGGAUACGUCCUCUCCGGCUCCCGACACAAACGCAUGGCCGCCCUCCGCGCAAAAGCCACAUCUAAGAUCCUCACCGAAGAAGACAAGAAAAAGAAGGUGCAGGAGAGAUUAGAGGAACGCACGAGGAAGGAGGAGGUGAUUUUGGAGGGGUUUAGGAGUAUGGUACGAGAGAGACAGCAGGGGGAAAACAAGGAGGAAUCGAAAUGAGUGGGAUGGUGAUAGGUGAC